AUGACCGAGCAGUUCUGUACUGCAAAGCUACAUGAAUUUGAGCAAUUCGUUCUCCAAAAGAGAGAUUCUAUGCUGCCCUUUUGUGUUUUACACCUGGCGUUUUCAGUUGUGGCCACUCUUGGAAAUCUUUUAGUGAUCCGGGCCUUGUUUAAUGCCUCAUCGAUACCAGCCACCGUCAAUAAGCUGUUUUUAAGUCUGGCUUUCUCUGAUCUUGCCGUGGGGUUGUUUCCGCAACUCAUGUCCGGGGUUAUCAGCGCCGUCGUAUUGAAAAUGGCAUUAAGUGAAGAAAACACCUUUACCUCAUUUUGCCCAACGGUUCUAACAGUGUAUUAUUAUCUUUUGUUUCUUCUCGGCGCUGCAUCUUUCCUAACUGUUACUGCUAUAGCAAUAGAUAGACUUCUCGCUGUUUCGCUCCAUCUGCGAUAUCAGGAGCUUGUCACUUCCAAACGUGUCAUCACUAUAUUGGUGUUUCUUUGGUUGACGAGUUGCAUCACUGCCUUCAUAUACGUUUUCCUGCCCAAAGGCAGUGAAACGGUAUCUGGUGUUAUUUCAUUUGCAGGACAUAUUUUGACAACAGUGGCUUACGUUCGCGUUUACAAAAUUGCAAAAUCUCAUCAGAAUCAGAUCAACAGUCAAAAUCAACUGCAAAUUGCCGAAACAGUGGAGGUAAUCCGACAAAAGAAGUCUGCCUACAAUACUUUAUUUUUCUAUGCAGUUUAUUUAGCUUGUUAUCUUCCAUAUCUGCCCUCCGCAAUAUUGUACUUGCUAAAGAGAUCGAAUAUCUCCUUUUUCGUACCAAAAUGGGCCUCAAUAUUCUUGCUGAUUCUGAAUUCGUCGUUAAAUCCUUACGUAUACUGCUGGCGAUAUCGAGAGAUCCGGGAAAUUGUGAAGAGCACAAUAAAGAAACUAUUUCGCAUGAAAUAAAAAAAGGAAAUUAGUUUGACCGUUUUAAAGUCCUAUGAAACGCCAAGUAUUACGUUACACACUUGUUUACAAAAACAAAAGGUUGUAUGAUAGUAAAAAGUACAAAGAAAAAUCUCUCAGAACUUGAAAAUGGUCUUUUUGAUGGAGAAAACAGAGUGAUCGAAUAAACAGUGACAAUGGUUUCAAUUUUCAUGGUUUCGUGAGAAAGGUUAGAUGCAACUAUUUGAUGAAGUGACCAAUCAACUGCAAGACUUUCGGCGCCACAAGCGCUAAAACUGAGGUGCUACUGGCCGGAGCUACUGCUCAUUGGCGAUUUCAAUACCAGAGUUGGAUCUGAUCACCAAGCCUGGCCCUCUUGUCUAGGACAUCACGGCUCCGGAAAAAUGAACAAAAUGGACUAAGACUUUUGGAACUCUGCUCCUUGCGCAAUCUGUGCAUAACCUACACCUUCUUUGAAGUUAAGCCGCAACAUUGUGUUUCAUGGAAACCUCCUCGGUCCCACAGAUGGCAUCAGCUUGAUCUACUUAUCACCAGACCACGCAGUCUGCUCAACGUUCUCUCCACUCGCAGUUACCACAGCGCCGACUGCAGUACUGAUCAUGUCCUGGUAUGCAACUCCACCGCGCAAAGAAACCAGGCCAUCCCGGCUUAAACACUGCAAGCACUUCUGACUCAGCGUCAGCGCAAAUUCCUCAGCAAGGUACAGGAAGCCCUCGAGGACCCCCAGGGUCAGGAUGCCACCUCCAGGUGGGACCUCUGGAGGGAGGCCAUCCACUCUUCGGCCAUGUCGGCUCUCGGCGGAAUGGACAGGCCUAGUCACAGCCUACCGAUCAUGGAGCCCCUUAUUGAGCUAAACAGCAAGCCCACUUGAAAUACAAAAAGAACCCAUGUGAGAAAAUGCUGACAGCACUCCCCGCUGCACGCAGUUUAACUCAGAGCACUGCCAGACGUUGUGCCAAUGACUAUUGGUUUAAAAUUUGAAACGAAAUACAGCUAACCACUGUCUUGGGCAAUAUUAGAGGCAUGUAAGACGGCAUCAAGAAAGCUUUGGGUCCAUUACAGACCCCAAAGAACAAAUGGACAGAUUGGUGGAACACUACUCUGAGCUAUCUCUGCGUGAGACAGUUGUCAACUACGCUGCCCUCAAUUGAAUCACCUUUCUCCCAGUCAUGGACGAGCUUGAUGCUGAGCCGACCAUUCAAGAGUUUGUACUAGAAUACCCUCAAAUAAAAGCCGAAAACUGAACACAUCUAAUGGACAGAGCGGUAAUAAUAACUUGAUGAAAAGAGACCAUAUUCUAUUGCGGUGGGGGUUUAAUAUUUUUUCCAUCUAUCCCCGUGUUUAAUUGUUUUGCUUGUCGCAAAACCUUCCCCUAACUCCUGGGUUUGUCUGCAAAUGAUUUAGUUUCACAACCCUAAAAAUUAUUGUACCAACAAUAAACAUUCCUGGUUGAAUUCUUCUCUUUAAACACUAAGUCUACGGCUUAGCAAGUUAACCAACUAUCGACAUUAGGGAGUUUAAGAUACCACGACGACGACGGCCACGAAAACGUUGCUUGAAAAGUGAAUUCAGUUCG